AUGGACUAUGACUUUAAAGUGAAGCUGAGCAGCGAGCGGGAGCGGGUCGAGGACCUGUUUGAAUACGAGGGCUGCAAAGUUGGCCGAGGCACUUAUGGUCACGUCUACAAAGCCAAGAGGAAAGAUGGGAAAGAUGAUAAAGACUAUGCUUUAAAACAAAUAGAAGGAACUGGGAUCUCUAUGUCGGCAUGUAGAGAAAUAGCAUUACUUCGAGAGCUUAAGCAUCCAAAUGUCAUCUCUCUUCAAAAGGUUUUUCUGUCUCAUGCUGAUAGGAAAGUAUGGCUUCUGUUUGACUACGCUGAACAUGACCUCUGGCAUAUAAUCAAGUUUCACAGAGCUUCUAAAGCAAACAAGAAGCCAGUUCAGUUACCUCGGGGAAUGGUGAAGUCACUAUUAUAUCAGAUCCUAGAUGGGAUUCACUACCUGCAUGCUAACUGGGUGUUGCACAGGGAUCUGAAACCUGCUAAUAUUUUAGUUAUGGGUGAAGGUCCUGAGCGAGGAAGAGUAAAAAUUGCUGAUAUGGGCUUUGCCCGAUUAUUUAAUUCACCUUUGAAGCCUUUAGCAGAUUUGGAUCCAGUAGUUGUAACAUUCUGGUAUCGAGCCCCAGAAUUACUUCUUGGAGCGAGACAUUAUACCAAAGCUAUUGAUAUUUGGGCUAUAGGGUGUAUAUUUGCAGAACUACUAACGUCAGAACCAAUAUUUCACUGUCGACAAGAGGACAUCAAAACUAGUAAUCCUUAUCACCAUGACCAGCUGGACAGAAUAUUCAAUGUAAUGGGAUUUCCUGCAGAUAAAGAUUGGGAAGAUAUAAAAAAGAUGCCUGAACAUUCAACAUUAAUGAAAGAUUUCAGAAGAAAUACGUAUACCAACUGCAGCCUUAUCAAGUAUAUGGAAAAACACAAAGUUAAACCAGAUAGUAAAGCAUUCCACUUGCUUCAGAAGUUACUUACCAUGGACCCAAUAAAGCGAAUUACCUCAGAACAGGCUAUGCAGGAUCCCUAUUUCUUAGAAGAUCCACUUCCUACAUCAGAUGUUUUUGCCGGUUGUCAAAUCCCUUACCCAAAACGAGAAUUUUUAACAGAAGAAGAACCUGAUGACAAAGGAGACAAAAAGAACCAGCAGCAGCAGCAGGGCAAUAACCAUACUAAUGGAACUGGUCACCCAGGGAAUCAAGACAGCAGUCAUACACAGGGACCCCCGUUGAAAAAAGUGAGAGUUGUUCCUCCUACCACUACCUCAGGUGGACUAAUCAUGACCUCAGACUAUCAGCGUUCCAAUCCACAUGCUGCCUAUCCCAACCCCGGACCAAGCACAUCACAGCCACAGAGCAGCAUGGGAUACUCAGCUACCUCCCAGCAGCCUCCACAGUACUCACAUCAGACACACCGGUACUGAGCUGCGCUGGAAUGUUGUCGAUGCACUGUUGCUAGCGCUGCAGGACUGACGGUGCAGCUCUCUGCGGGAACCUGGUAUGGGCCAUGGGAAUGUACUGUACAUCCACAUCCUCAAACUGUCCGGUAGCCAAGUUCCACCACUUUUCACAAACCGGGGUAGUGGCUUCCAAGUUGUACCUGUUUUGGAGUUAGACUUGAAAGAAAGUGCUAGCACAGUUUGUGUUGUGGAUUUGCUACUUCAUAGUUUACUUGACAUGGUUCAGACUGACCAAUGCAUUUUUUUCAGUGACAGUCUGUAGCAGUUGAAGCUGUGAAAUGUGCUAGGGGCGAGCAUUUGUCGUUGUAUGUGGUGAAUUCUUUCAGUGUAACAACAUUAUCUGACCAAUAGUACACACACACACACACAAAAGUUUAACUGGUACUUGAAACAUACAGUAUAUGUUAACUCAACAAAAUAACAAAGACUCAAAGUGAGAUUAUUUUGGUACACCUUUCAUUUUAGUGUCUUAUCAGUGGGUUGAUUCAUUUUCUACAUUAAUCAGUGUUUUUUGACCAAGGCUAUUGCUUGGGUUUUUUUGAAAGUACAAAAGCCACAUAGUUUUUCCAGAAAGGUUUCAAAACUCCCAAAGAUUAAUUUCCAACUUAUAAGUUUGUUUUUAUUUUCAAUCUAUGACUUGACUGGUAUUAAAGCUGCUAUUUGAUAGUAAUUAAAUAUGUUGUCAUUGAUAUAAACCUGUUUGGUUCGGCAAACAAACUGAAAUGAUUGUCAUAGACAGUGUUUUAUUUUUCCUGUUGGUGUUGCUGAUUAGUGAGCAUGCUUUAAGAUGAAAAAAGCAUGAAUGAUAACUUCCUCUGAAAGGUGCGGCAUCCCAUUCAGAUAUUUUGUCCUGAUUUUAAAGCUGGUUGGUGUAGUGCUAUUAAAAUUUUGUUCAGUUAAUUUUCCUUUUUAAAACUUGUUCGCACGUUGUUUAGGGUGCCCUUACUUCAGCAAAGGAGAAGGAGUAGGAGAGCCUUAGAAUUUUUGAGGAAAAAAAAAACCUAUAACAUACAAUGUACUGUAUCAAACUAUUUUACAUGAAUGACACAAGUAUUCUGAAUUUAAAAAAAAAUUGAACAUUGUUAAAAACAAGGUGUUAUGUAAUAAAUUUAUUUUUCAUAAAUCAAAA